UGUUAUCUGUCAGUUCACAGCUGUAACAAAUUUACCAACCUAUACUUCGCCUUACGAAAAUCACUUUAAAACAGAAAAGUAACACAAGAUUUGUCGAAAAUUAGUAAAUAAAAGUAGCAAAAAUGGUAAAGGUGCCACCGCGUGAUCUUUCGCCCUUUAUGCAAGCGUUUAGAAAUUAUCUUCUCGGCAGAAAACAUACGAAUGCAUUGAGGUUCGAGCCGUUUCUUGCAGCUCGAACUCAGCCACCUCCACAAAUUCCUGAUGGAGUCUCUCACAAACAUGCACACAAUUACUACUGUUCCCGUGAUGCACGAAGAGAAGUAGCACCACCCCUUGAAAUAUCUACUAAAUUGUUAACAACUGGAGCAGAAAAAGGAGAAGCAAAGACAGCUGCAACUGUGAGGCCUACACCUGGCAAACUAUUCAACUGGGACAAACACUAUAAUUAAAGCAAUUUUAGAAUUAUUGUGAAUUAUUUAAAUGAGUAAAUAGAUUUAUGAA